AUGGCAGCAUCGCACAUCCUAAGUGCUGUUGAGCCGACAGUUGGAGGGGGCGCGAGCGGGUCUCGGAGUGGCCGCGAGAGAGAAGUUAACGUCGCGCUGGAUGAUAGAGAACUAUGGGUCCGGUUUCAGACCCUCACCAACGAAAUGAUAGUCACUAAGAAUGGAAGACGAAUGUUUCCUGUAGUAAAAGUAACUGCUAGCGGUCUGGAUCCGACGGCUAUGUACACUGUCCUCUUAGAGUUUGUGCAAGUAGAUUCUCAUCGAUGGAAAUAUGUUAAUGGAGAAUGGGUGCCUGGUGGUAAAGCAGAAGUACCGCCAUCAAAUGCGAUCUACAUUCAUCCUGAAAGUCCCAAUUUUGGAGCACAUUGGAUGAAAGAACCGAUAUCCUUCGCCAAAGUGAAAUUAACCAAUAAAACAAAUGGAAACGGACAGAUUAUGUUAAACAGUUUACAUAAAUACGAACCUCGAGUGCACCUAGUGAAAGUCGGCACGGAUCUACGACGCAUCAUGACUUAUCCUUUUCCCGAAACGCAAUUCAUAGCAGUCACUGCCUACCAGAAUGAAGAAGUAACUUCGCUAAAGAUUAAAUAUAAUCCAUUUGCAAAAGCAUUCUUGGAUGCGAAAGAAAGACCUGAAGGAUAUUAUCAAAGGGAUUUUGUGAGUCCUCAUUAUCCGCAACAGAGCUCGUCACCCCAUCAGUAUCCGCAAUUCGGUGGUUGGUUCGUGACUUCCCAAUCGUUGUACGGGAGCAGUAAUUCAGCUUCUAGAAGACCAGCACCUUACCCACCGCGGCCACCGUCACGACCAAGGACUCUAUCACCACCUUCUACUUACAGCAGCUCUGAACGGACGACGACAGCGCCAAACGGCGGUAGCAGCUACACAUGGGCGAGCAGUAGCGGUUACUGGAGUUCUACUCAAGGCAGUAACUCUCCCCAACCAAAUACCUCGCCUGCACCAUAUCGCACUCCUCCGCAUGCAUAUCCAGCCCCUCUUGAAUAUUCACCAGCUCCUCCUACUAGCACUUCUGCGCCGUCUUCGGCGCCUGCUACACUAUACCCUUUACAGUACGAAACUCCGGCACAACAUCAUUCGCCAUAUUAUCAACAUGCUUAUGCGCCUUACGCUCAUCAUGCUAUUGAAGAUAUUUCCUACUGGCCUAAUAGUUUAAACAGUUACGGUUAUCAACCGUCUGAGUACGUUGGAACGGGAGAAGUGACGUACGGUACUGAGGGCAUGAGUUUUGGACCAACAGGGCCUACUUUGGAAGCAGCCACGACCAGUGAAAGUAGAUCCACGCCUCCUAGGCAAGAACACUCUCAAGGCGAUAGAGAAUAUAAAUUUAGUACAGAAGAAGAACGGCAAUCGCCAUGCGAAGAGUCCACUUUAUCACCACGUUCGCCGCAGUGA